GUGAGCGGAGGGAAUAAAUACCCAACAUCUCUGAUAUUUACACAUCUGUGGAACGCUGCACAAUGCCGGAAAACAGUUGUAGAGAGUCCAUAGACAAGAUUCUUCAUGACGCUCCGACUGCGAGGAAGAAUCUUCUAGACAACCACAGCAAUCUGCACAGGCUGGCCGAUUACUGUCAGAACAAAUACUUCAAUGUGGAUAACACCAGAAGUGUCAUUGAAGAGUCGAGAGCUUUUACCACUCAAGCCCUGGCCAGUGUCACAUAUCAAAUCAACAAUCUGGCCGCAUCCCUUCUGAAGCUUUUAGAUGCUCAGACCCUUCAGCUGAAACAGAUGGAGUCCUCCGUCAACAUGCUGAGUCAGACAGUUGACAUUUUCAAGGAGAACGUAGCACGCAGAGAGAUUGGAGUGCUGACCACAGGGUCGAUACGUCUCCGAACUCAGAAAAAAGCUCUUCCACCAAAUGGACCGGAACCGCUUCGCGUGUACAGACGCAUCCCCAUAUCAUACACCCGAUUAGACAAACUGGGCCAUAGCCACUGGGAAAGAAACAAAACUGUAAGCGAAGAGUCAACGGAAAAAGAAAACAGACAGUCUUUCCAACAAAUCAGUGCUGAAGGAACGCGGAGCUCCUUCAGCUGGCCUUUUCAGGGUUUUGCGGUUCCUCCUCCAUCAGUACCUGACUUUGUGGGUUCGAACAUCACAGCUCCUCCUGCAUGUUCUCCUGCUUCACCAUCUCCACCCCUUCUGUCUGCCUGCUCCCCGUCUCUGCCUCCAUAUGUUUAUCAAGAUUUAUCAAUGCUGCCUCCUCCACCUCCCCCAUAUGAUGAGAUGGAAGACGCUCCACCUCCCCCUCCUCCUUCUCCACCUCAAAGCAACAUGCCAUCAUUUCCACCAAAUACAUCUGUGACUUUAGCAAUUCCUCCACCUCCCCCUACUCAGGCCAACAUGGCGAUACCACCUCCUCCUCCACCUUCUCCAACUCAAGGCAAGAUAUGUAUUCCACCCCCUCCUCCACCUCCCCCUACUCAGGGCAACAUGGGGUUUCCAGCUCCACCUCCUCCUCCACCUCCCCCUGCUCAGGGCAACAUGGCAAUUCCACCCCCGCCACCUCCAGCUAGAUCUAGCUCAUCGGCACCCACACCGCCACCUUUACCUACCCAAAGUACCCCUAUGGUGCCACCACCACCUCCUCUCCUUAAUACUGGUGGGAAAUUUGUUCCACCUCCUCCCCCUCCCCUCCCUCAAUUUAAAUGUUGAAUUUCGAUGUUAACUUUUUAUAUAUAAAACAGUUUACUUUUUAUGGUAGGCUACAGUGCGUUAAAUAAAGUUAUGUGUAAACAAUAUGUUAAAUGCAAUAUACUAUAAAUAUGUCAAUGCAUUAUAUUUUUAGUUGGACCUUACGUAAUGAAGCAUUAGGCCUACAUACAUACACAGCGAGUCCCCUUACAUUCACCAUGUUGCUUCUAGGAGCCAUAAACAGAUAAAACGUUUUUUUCUUAUCUUCUUUGGCAAAGAAGCGAAAGCGUGACAUCUUAGUGCUGUUCAUCCUCCUUUCUUAGUGCUUCGAAAGGAAGGGUUGGAAUAAGCAAUUGGUUGCAAUUCGCAACCUCACCACUAGAUCCCGCUACAUUUCAUACACCGGACCUUUAAAAUACACACAUCUACUGAUUUAUCAAUGCUAUUGCAAAGCUUCUUCUGUAAACAUGACAUUAUACCGUCCUGCACAACCAUCCAAAGAAAGUUUUAUGUUAUUCAAAUUCACAUUCGUUUCUAAAGCUGCUUAUACAAAACACAGAUAAUAGGGCUAUACUGGAAAAAAAUGAGACACUGUAGCUUUAAGGAAGAGAACAGCAUCUCAGCUCUUAAAUGUUUCUAUCACAUUUAACAAUGCAACAACAUUUGAACUGUGACAUUUAAGGAACAUAAGGAACAGAAUUUUGGUUUUGACAUUUUUUUAAAUUUGCGUUACUCUUGUUUUGUAUCCUGAAUAUCUCAUCGAAUACCAGAUAAUACAAAUAAACACACUGU